CUCCCACGGCCUCAGAGGAGCUCUGUGAUUGGUGAAGACCUCUGAGUGAGCUACGGACUCUGAAUUCUGCAGAUCCACUGAACACGCACUAUAUUUUGUUUCCGGCCACGUAUUUUAGCAGAAGACGCGGCGAGCCUGUCAAAAAGUACCGUCCUGGCGCAUUACCUAGCCACUUUACCCGGCCAAGAGGGAGAUAACUAUGUGCAGCUGAUGCCCUGGGAGUGAGGAGGGCGCCCGUGAAGCACACAAGAUGGAGAUAGUGUGGUUAACUAUGGUGGUAGUGAUGGCUAGCUGGCUGCCUCCCACCGCUGCGGUUGAACUAACGUUUGAACUCCCCGAUAAUGCUAAAGAAUGUUUUUACGAGGAAAUUGAGAAGGGGACAGAGUCGACGCUUGAGUUCCAGGUAGUGACCGGCGGCCACUAUGACGUGGACGUUGUUUUGGAGGGACCAUCACGGCAGAUUCUGUACCGUGAAAUGAAACAGCAAUACGGCCAGUUUCAAUUUACUCCAGAAAUCUCGGGCACCUACCAGGUGUGCUUCAGUAAUGAGUUUUCAACGUUUAGUCACAAACUCAUAUACGUAGAUUUUCAAGUUGGUGAUGAGCCUCGGUUACCUGGUGUGGGAGAACAAUUUACUGCUAUGACUCAGAUGGAGUCCUCAUCACAAAAGAUUCACGAGGACCUAAACUCUGUCAUAGAUUACCAAACUCAUCACCGCUUACGUGAAGCUCAAGGUCGCAAGAGUGCAGAAGAUCUCAAUGAACGUGUUCUCUUCUGGGCAGUUGGGGAGACUUUAGGAAUUCUUGUUAUUGCUGUUGGUCAGGUGAUGGUUUUGAAGAAUUUCUUUGCGGACAAGAAGACAAAUCAAGCUGCCUAUUGAACUCUGUUGAAUCCACUAGAACAGCAACGUACUUCUCAAGGACAAACAUGCCAGCUACAGAUUAAAUAUUUUGCAACAUUAUUCUGACUUAACACAGGUAUGCCAUAGCUACCUAUUCAGAGUAAAUUAUAAAAAGGAUCGAAAUAUAAUUACAUUUAAGUUUAAAUUGCCUGCAUGAAUUUGCAUAUUGGUAUCCAUGUUACUUUUUUUUAAAGUUCAGUUAGAUUCACCCUUUCUAUAAGCUUCUCCUAUGUUGCCCUAGAAACCUAACCCUAAGUAUCUGUACUUAUCAUGUUUACCACACUUUCCAUACUACUCCAUUUUAAAUAGAUUUUCAUGCCAAUAUUUCUUUGGGAUUCAUAAGUGAAUGCAUUAACCUGAGAGUAAACAUUUAAGAACUGUGAAGGUAAUUUUUUUUUCUUCUAUGAUUUUGAGUAGGAAUGUCACAGUUCAAAAAAAAUACAAAUUUUUAUUAGUGUGAAAAUCUCUGUGGGGUUCUCUUUUCACAAUAGAAACUAGUUACCACAAAUGUAUAUCUGGGCAUGUAGCUAAAAAUAGUGAUGUAAGCACAUGGGAUUACAUCGCUGACACCUGUGACGUCCGACCAUUGUUAUGUCAAACAUCAUGGCGACGUAUACCUACAGAAGACUAACAAUAAUCUUGGCUAAUAGAACUACUUAAUUUAUGUAGUGGUAAUUUGUAAAUUUAUUACAGUACUGUCAUUUCUUUUUAAUCCUGUAUACUGAAAAAAAAAAAAUUGAAUACCUGUUGAUCUUUGAGAAGAUGUAAAUUUUAAGGAUAAUUUGGUAAAACAGAUUUUUCUGCCUGCCAGUAAUAAUUUAUAGACUGUUAUUAAAUAAUAACAAAGUAGGAAAACUGCUCUCUGGAACCUACAAAGUACCAAGACAUUCAACUUCUCAACUAUACGAUAAUAUGCAGAUAAAUUUCGCUAAAAAUAAUUUUACCAAAAAAAUCUUGACAAGCUCUGCCAACCAGGUGUAAAAGCAGGUACACUUUUGAUGUUACUAACCUCUAAAUAUUUCUCGUUAAUUAAGCCAUUGAAAUUUUUGUUUACCUGUUAGUAACUAAAUAUGAAAUAAAUUUAUCAAAGUUUGAAGUGCUCAGUUUAAGAAUUAAAUUUACACAUUACCAUUAAAAAUUAGAUUGGUUCCAUUAAGUGAAAAUGCCAUUAGUCUUCUAAAGUAAUGUGUGAGCUUAUGCUAAACUUGAAAUUACUUUUCUAAAUCUGUGGCAAUGAGUGGCUAGAUCUGAUGCUAUUAUGCUGCACAUUUAUGGGACAUUUUCUCCCCAGAAAUCAGUGAUUAGAUUAACAUGUAUUAAAAUAAGUGGGCAGGCAUUUAUCAAAGAAUUUAUUCUGAAAAUGUCAGUGAUCCUCUUGAAUUUUAUUUGAAAUGAUGAUGCAAUUAGCAAUCGUGCGAGGCAGUUAGUUAAAGAUCAGUUGCAUCAACUGUUGCUGUAAGCCACUAUUGCUAACAUGGCCUCUCUCUGGGUUUGCUAUUGUAAAUCAUUUACUGAUUAUGUAUUGACAACUGUCAGCUUCCAUCACCUUUUGGUUUAAGAAUAUUGAUUAUUCUUGUAUUUGUUGGGAAGAGCUGAACUUACAAGGGUCGUACAGCAUCUGGGGAAUGGAAAGUAAUCUGGUUUGGUCCAGGAAAGGGGAGAGUAGCUGCAGUUCCUUGGAUCAACAGCCCAGCAUCAUGGCAUUUCUCCCUUGAAAGGUUUAAACCUUUCAAGGGGAAAAGCUUUAAAUUGUGAGAAUGAAAGACAUUUCUGGUUUACCUUUGUAUUUAAGGAAAGUGGGUUUGCAAGCUUCGAAGGUUGAAAGAUACCUUCUAGAUUAUUAUAAAGUUAAAGAAUAUAUAGUUUUGGCUGAGCGAGUGAUCUGUAAAUAUGGAAACUUGUUAUAUUUGAAUGGCAGAUUUAAUUUAAAUGCAAGUCAAAGUUGUAUUGUACUAACAUUUACUUCGUGAUUCUAAGAUUUGGAAGCUAUUUACAGUAUGUUGAUGUACAAGUGAUGUGACUAAUUUUACUAUAGCCAAGUAAAUUUACCAUAGGAUGGAAGAUCUUCAGAAAACUUACUUUGUAUUUACGUAUACCAGCAAAGAAUUGUGAAAGAAGUGUACACAGUUUAGAACAUUUCUUAAAGGAAUGUUUUGCCAAAAGUGGCUUAAUCAGUCCUCAGACUUAUGAAGCCACUUGUGAAAAAUUCACUUUAAUAUUUGUCCUGAAUUGUACACAAGUGUCCUUUUCCACAGUUUGCUAGUAUCAGCAUACCAUUUACAACCUGUAAAGAAUUGUAUCAAACAUUCUGGCAUAAAAUAUAAUUGUAAAAAAAUAAUGUAUGACUUUGUGUGGCUUAGUGUGAUACAUUAUCAUUUUGUAUGUAAUGUAAUAAAAUAUUAGUUUAAAAUUU